AUGAUAACUCCUUCUCCUACGCUCUCUGAGAUGAACGGUCACGCAGCUGAACAACAGGACGGCACAAGUGUUGGCAACUGGGUGAGGAUGUCAAGAAAGGCAUCCUCGCCCAUGGCGCCGGCAUUCAUGGUCUCCGCACCGGGCAAGGUCAUUGUCUUUGGAGAACACGCAGUCGUCCAUGGCAAACGGGCCAUGGCAGCCGCCAUCUCCCUCCGCUCCUACCUCCUCGUUACCACCUUGUCGAAAUCGCAGCGCACGAUUACGCUGAACUUCAGAGACAUUGAGUUGGAUCAUACGUGGAACAUCGAUUCUCUUCCCUGGGCGCUGUUCUGCCAGCCUUCUAAGAAAAAAUUCUACUACGACUCUGUCACCUCUCUUGACCCCGAACUCCUCGAGGCGAUACAGCCACAUAUCGCAGACAUAUCCAUUGGCAAACCGGAUGAGGUGCGAAAAAUCCACCGAAGUUCCGCCACCGCCUUCCUCUACCUCUUCCUCUCCCUCAGCUCUCCAGACUCUCACGCAGCGAUAUAUACGCUCCGUUCUACGAUUCCAAUUGGCGCUGGUCUAGGAAGCAGCGCUAGUAUCGCCGUCUGUCUUAGCGCUGCUCUUCUCUUACAAAUACGGAUCCUAGCGGGGCCCCAUCAAGACCAACCGCCAGAGGAGGCGGAGGUCCAGAUUGAGCGAAUAAACCGAUGGGCAUUCGUUGGCGAAAUGUGCAUACAUGGCAACCCCAGCGGCGUGGACAAUACCGUCUCAGCCGGUGGGAAAGCCGUCAUAUUCAGAAGAGGCGAUUACUCCAAACCACCAUCCGUAACUCCCAUCCUCGACUUCCCCGAACUCCCCCUUCUCCUCGUUAAUUCACGCCAGCCCCGCUCCACCGCAACUGAAGUUGCGAAAGUAGGCAGGUUCUGCAAAGCCCAUCCCGCAGUGGCCGAGUCAACGCUCGCAGCCAUCGACCAGGUCACAGAAAGCGCAAACAAUUUCAUCCAAUCUGGCCGCUUUGACAAAGAUUCCAACGAAGACAUCGAUCACUUUGGCGAGCUGUUCCGCAUCAAUCACGGCCUCCUCGUCUCGCUAGGUGUAUCGCACCCGCGACUCGAACGGAUUCGAGAACUAGUCGACCACGCCGGCAUAGGGUGGACGAAACUCACCGGAGCCGGCGGGGGCGGGUGCGCAAUUGUGUUAUUACGAGCAAAUACCAAUCAAGCCGUGUUGCACCACCUGGAGCAGAAUCUGGACGAUGAAGGGUUCGAGCGGUACGAGACGACACUUGGUGGAAACGGCAUUGGCGUGCUGUGGCCUGCCGUGCUGAAGAAUGGAAGCGACGAAGAAGGCGGGGAGGAGAUUGAUCAGCGGAAAUUCGAGAAUGCGGUUGGCAAUGCGGGCAUUGAGAGGCUGGUUGGGGUUGGUGGUGGGCAGGAGAGGCGGGAAGGUUGGAAGUUUUGGAAGCGCGGAACAAAGGCGGAAUCGUAA